CAGAGCUGAGGAGUAAAGAGAGGAAGCAGACUGAAGAGAGGAAGGAAGGGAACGAGGCUGAACGAACAAGCCUGAGUGCGACACACACACACACACACACACUCUCUCUCUCUCUCUCUGCUCCAGCUCAGUGUGGAGCGUCACACUGAGAGAGCGAGGAGGAGGAGGAGGAGGCAGGACUCUGAGGAGAAACCAGAGGCUCUGGAACAGCGGAGGACUGCCGGAGCGGCGGCUGCCUGUCAGACCGGAGUCAGGGCUUACGAACCUCCCGUCCCCAGGUGCAUCAGAAACCUGCACCUCCUGCUGCUCUGAGAGCAGCCGAGAGUUUCUGCUGAAACACAGCACAGCGGAGGAGCUGCAGACCUCAGGCUCACAGUCUGCUGGGUGGCUUUCAUUUCUCUGGACAAACCAUCAGUUUUCCUCUGGAUCGUUUCAGCAGCUGCUGCACAUCUUUGAGUCUCAUCAGCUCAGAAGAAAACUUUGGGUUUAUUUCAGUCUUUAAAAUAAGAAGACAGGUUCAGGACUUUUCUCUUUCACAGAGGGAAAAGAGAUGAUCAUCAUCACCUGAGGAGGACGAGAAGAAACUCCAGCAGAGAUAACAGGACGUGCAGAAAGAAGCACUUCUCACCUUGGUCCUGCAAAGCUGCUGUUCAUGAACUCAAAGAGCAAAAACAAGUGCCAGUUUGCACAUUUGUGCAAAGGUUUAAUCAUCUGGAAGACAAGAUUUCAUGAGUUUAGCCUGGCUGGAGGUUUUUCCUCAUCGCAGCAGGCUGCAGAGGUUCCUGAGCAUCGACACAACAGUUUAACGGGACAUUUUUGAGCUCGACAGCGAGACGACCACAAGAGCUGCCGACGCCACGAGGAGGUGACGCGAGGACAGUGGAGACGCAGAUCUGUGGGACUGAGCGAGUGUGUGUGUGUGUGCAGAUGCCACACUGCGCUGCAGACGAGCCCGGACGCCCGUGUCACGCAGCUCGAAGCCGACUCUUCGGAUUUCUCUCGUUGACUCUGUUCUUUCAGGACCAACUCGUCGGUCACUGAGUGUUUGACAGCGACGCCUGAGGAGCGACGCUCUGGACCUGAGAUCACAGAAGCUGAAGAGCAUCGCUCUGAAAGGAGGCCAGCAAACACCUGCUUCCUGUUUGAGGACUGAAACAUGACAGUGACACAGAGUUUCUCACCUACGAGAGACGAUCUGAACUUUUAAAGGGAAUAUUCAACAUUACGAAACUACAAAUCAAACUUCCUGAAACGUUCGGAUGUUUCAGAAUCUGUUUCUAGCUGAAUAUCCAGAGGACGCUUUGAGGAUCAUUUCUGACUGACGGCGCCCUGCAGCAUCCACCGCCAUGCUCCCUGGAGGGCUGGUGUCCGGCGGAGGGGGUCGUGGCGGCGGCGGCCUGUGCCUGCUCCGGUGGCUGGGCCUCAGGCUGUGGUCUCGUCGGGGGACCCUGGUCUUCGCUCUGCUCUGGUUCGGGUCCUGGUUGUUCCUGAACGGUCUGGUUCUGGUCCACAGGACCAUCCUGUCUGACUUCUGCACCGACGACAAGAGCAAGAGGAUCCUGCAGAGGCUGUGUCUGGAGUUCAGCGAGGGUUCGGUGACGGGCGACAUGUGCGAGGACCUGUGCGUGCUCGGCCUGGUCGAGUACAAACGCUGCCUCUACUACGAGAACGGGAAGAAGGUGAUCGAGGCGCGCUGGAGAGGAAGCCCCAUCAUCCUCAAGUCCAAGCUGGAGAACUUCUCCUCCUACGAGCCUCUGGGAAUUCUGGAUUACCAGGACGCAGCAGAGGAGCUCUCCCCGCUCGAUGUCAUCUUUUACGCCACUCUGGAGGUACGAAACUCCCUGGGGCUGGCUGAGGAGAACGAGGACGAAGACAGAGGAGGAGGAGGAGUGAACAACGGCUCCCUGGCCAGACUUUUGGGGAAGAAGCUGAAAAACAGAGAGAAGAGUUACUCGAGAGCAGAGGUGGCCUCACUCUGGGCCCUACUGCAGCAGGAGGAGUACACCUUCCUCAGAGUCCUGCAGGACCUCAGCACCCACGUGGCCAAGGUGCUGGGCUCCUGUGGUCACUUCUACGCUGUGGAGUACCUCUCAGCCGGGCACGCCUGGGACCAGAACAUCUUCUCCCUGGAUGACGUGGCUGUUUCUGAGGUUCAGGAUCGGGGCGAAGGCGGAGCCCGAGCCAGGUGGACGGCCCGGGAGAUGGUGCACCACAUCGCGCUGAGCUUCCUGGACAUGGUGUGGCACUUUGACAAUGACUUCAGCCACAAGCUACACCUCUGCGACAUCAAACCAGAGAACUUUGCCAUCAGAAAGGACCUCACGGUGGUGGCGAUCGAUGUGGACAUGGCGUUCUUCGAGCCGAAGAUGAGGGACAUCCUGGAACAGAACUGCAGCAGCGACGACGACUGCAACUUCUUCGACUGCUCGUCCAGGUGUAACCUGAGCAAACGCAGGUGCAGCCCGCAGCGCAGCAACAGCAACCUGCAGGUGAUCUGUGAGAAGAUUUUUAGACCUUGGUUUUCUCCCACGCUGCUUGGGGCCAAAGCAGCGCUCCCUCUGCAGGUGGAGCUGCAGCGAGCUCUGCAGGAGUGUUCAGCAACUGAAGGGGGCGUGGAGGAGUCAGAGGAGGACGUAGGUGGUGGUGGAGGAAGAGGAGGAGGCAGGGACGUCCAUCAGCGCCUCUUCAGCGUCCUGAAGCGCCUCAUCCAGGAGGGAGGAACUUCAGAUGAAAGUGUAGAGGCGUGGGAGGGGAAAGGCCACGCCCACACUGCGCUGAACUUUUGAGCUGUAAUGAGAAGGUCGAUAUGGGCGGAGCAUCUCAGAAAACCAGAGAACGUUUUAAAACCAUCAACAGGUCUCUUCAUGGGCAGAGACCCCAGGUAAGACUGGCCCCUCACUGAUGGCAAAAGGCUCAUCCACUGACACAUUUUUGGGUCCAGAACCAGAGUUUGAGCCACUCCUGUUCUUUGAGUAUAACUCAAAGUGACUCCUGCAGGAGGUUGCAUCUCAAAGAGACACACAGUGAAACUUUUGGCCUCAGUGUGACUCAAACUCUUAUCAUGAUGAACAGUUUUGGACACACACACAGAAAUCACGGUGUUCUCGCUGCCACGCUCCCCGUGGAGGACGUUUCAUCCUUCCCAGUUUGUAAAAUUUAAGCAGAACUUAAGGUGGAGUUCAGGACAGGUCCAACUUUACCUCCAACAAAGAGAACUUUGAUCUAAGAACUGGUUUGCUGUGGAACAACUUGACCUCCAUCCAUCACCUUUAGCUCAAGAGCAUCCAGGUGCUCGUUUGGGAACGUCUGAUUGGGUCACAGCGGGUGUGGAAACAUUCAGCGACGCCUCACGUGUCAUCUCGUCACAGAAC